AUGCCAGACCAUGGGUACUGUGCCAUUGAGGACUAUGGCCUCGUUGGGGACAUGCACACCUGUGCCCUCAUCAACAAGGCCGGUAGUCUGGACUAUAUGUGCUGGCCGGUCUUUGACUCGCCCACCGUGUUCGGUCGCCUGCUGGACGACAAGAAAGGGGGAUUCUUCUCUGUGGGACCCUGCAAGAACGUGGCGGAUCCUCACAGCAAGCAGCGAUACCUCCCGUACUCCAACCUGCUGGAGACUCGGUGGACCAAUGAGAGUGGCGUCGUGACCAUGCUGGACUAUUUCCCGGUCUCGCCCAAGAAAACGCCGCAGUCAUCGCGGCUGUUGUCUGGCUUUUGCCCCUGCAAUGAGCCCGGUGCCAACCGAUUCAAGUCGGGACUGCGGCACUCGAGCCUGAUUCGAAAGCUGGAGUGCAGCCGCGGCUCGAUGGAAUUACAGGUGGAGCUGUUCCCGGCUUUCAACUACGCGCGCGAUUCGCACACGGCUCGUGCGAAGCUGGAGAACGACCUGAGCAAGCAUCGCCUUCAGACGGUCCAUUUUGAAAGCGAGACCGAGCGGCUGCAAUUCGAAAUCUUUGCCGACUCACGAGAGCCCGACAAGCUCGGCUAUCCCCAUGCGACGUUGGACAUGAAAGAGCGGCCCGGCAUAAAGGGUCGGGGCCUGGUAGCUUGGCUGCGCUUGUGCGAGGGCCAAACGGUUCAUCUGGUGAUACACAGCCCCGAGAAAGCAGCCCCCAGCUUGUCCUUAAUCGCCUCACACCUAACCCGAAUGGAAGAGGAGACCUUCGACUACUGGACGGACUGGACCCGCAAGUGCGAGUUUCGCGGUCACUAUCGCGAGACGGUCGAGCGCAGCCUCUUGAUCUUGAAGCUGUUAACUUACAAACCGACGGGGGCCAUCGUCGCAUCGCCUACCUUUUCGCUCCCCGAAAGUGUAGGUGGCUCCCGAAAUUGGGAUUAUCGGUACUCAUGGGUGCGUGAUACGGCGUUCACGUUGUACGUCUUCCUUAAACUGGGGUACAGCAACGAGGCAGAAUCGUAUGUCAACUUCAUCUUUAGUCGGAUCUUCCCCCACGCGGCCCAAGACAUUGAAAACGGCAGCAAGCGCCCUUUCCUGCCGCUCAUGUUCACCAUUCGCGGCGAGUACGACAUUCCCGAGGUGGAACUCGAACACCUCGAUGGAUACAAGGGCAGCAAACCCGUUCGCGUGGGCAAUGCGGCUGUCUUCCACACGCAGUUGGACAUUUACGGGGAACUGCUGGACAGCAUCUACCUGUACGACAAGCACGGAAACCCCAUCACCUAUGAUCAGUGGUCGGCCAUCCGCCGCAUGGUGAACUACGUCUGCGGCGUGAUCCAGCAAAAGGACAUGUCCAUUUGGGAAUCGCGUGGUCAGAUUCAGAACUUCAUUUACUCGAAGAUCAUGCUGUGGGUUGCCCUUGACCGUGGUAUUCGUCUAGCCGAAAAGCGUUCCAGUCUGCCGUGUCCCGAUCGCUUCCGUUGGAUCCAGGCGCGGGACGAGCUGUACGACCAAAUUAUGGACAAGGGCUAUAACUCCGAACGCGGCCAUUUCUGCCAAAGCUUUGAAAGCCGCGAGGUCUUGGAUGCGUCCAUUCUGAUCGCACCUCUGGUCUUCUUUGUAGCGCCCAAUGAUCCGCGGUUCAUCCAAACACUGAAGAAGAUCCUCGAAAGCCCGGAGAAGGAGGGGCUGUCGAGUGCCAAGAUGGUCUUCCGUUACGACCAUCUGAGAGCCAACGAUGGCGUGGGCGGCGGCGAAGGGGCCUUUAUCAUGGUUACCUUUUGGCUGGUUGAAGCCAUGGCCCGAGCGGCCAAGUAUGAUGUGCCUAUUCCAAACAUCUGGAAACUCGCCCUAUCGCACUUUGAUAACAUCCUGUCCUACUCCAACCACCUGGGCAUGUUCUCCGAAGAAGUGGCCAUUUCCGGUGAACAGAUGGGCAAUACGCCCCAGGCGUUCAGUCACCUGGCAUGCGACCGCCGAUCCAUUUUCAUGGCGGACACCAGCUUGGCCUGGCAGGAGAGGCCCUCCGACCUCGCGGAGCUCUCGUCAGACGAGGAGGAUUUUGUCUCCAGCCAAAGUACAGCCUCCGUUGAGCCUGAUGCGCUGGCGAAGCGGCAUCUCUCGACUGCGCUGGGAAGACUACAGCUCACGCAGCCGACGUCCGAUCUUUCGAGUGGUACUCGGACUUGUACUCCGGGCACGACGGAAACGAACAGUGGGCAGACGUCGGAUGUGACGAAGCCGCUGCAUCUGCUUGAACUGCCGCUGGAUGUUUUAAAGGAUAUUAUCAAAGAGGUUACACACACGAGCGACCUUACCUCGCUGGCGUUGACGUGCUCUGCUCUCCAUUCCUUGACAAUCCCGCAAAUGUACUCUCGAUUCGACAUUAUCUGGCCCGAGUCCCUCAACUCAGCGACGGACGACUGCUCAGGAGUAGACGCACUGUCAUACGGCUUGUCCACUUUGGUAAUGGGAGAAGAUGUGUUCCGGCAACUGCCGCUGCCCCGAUCGGACCGCUCAACAGACGCCUGCUCGCAUUGUGGUUGUGAUGACCGUGGCCACCACCAUCCGAGUCCCGACCUCCAGGGGAAUGGAACCGCUUUCCGGUCACGCCGAGGAAAUUAUUACGCGCAAUAUACGCGCACGUUCUCGAUCGGGAAUGGGCCGUUGCAUUGGGUCCAGGAAUAUUCGGUGACCAAGGAGAUUGGCAAAAUGCUCGGGACCUUGGUUGCUCUGGCUGUUGCUCGUAUGGUGAAUCUCGAGGCAUUCAUAUGGGACAUGCCGACGGGAGUGGUCCGCGAGAUAUGGCUUGCACUUGCCUCUCUGGCGGAUCGACCAGGACAUCACUGUCGACUGGAACGUGUCUGGGUGCGCUGGCAUGACAACUCUGAGAAUUCUGUGCGCAACUCAUCCACGGCCUCAGCCCGCCUGCUCCAGAAAUACAAACAUGUGGAACAUCCCUCGUUGUCUGUACUGCCACCCCUCAAGAGCAUAGCUGUUCUCGACAUCGAUGAGCCCGCGUAUGUGGAGGAGCUGGCGAUCUUGAUUGAGCGAUCACGUCACCGCUUGACUGAACUGCGGAUUGGUAUUGCCGUCAAGGCAUACCUGUCUGAGUGGCUGCUCUGCGAAAAGGACUUCAACCUCCCAGUAGACCCUUCGGCGGGCUGGCCACGGCCUGGUGGUAUUCUUGAAAUCCUUUCGAUACGCGAUCCUGUUGCGGAUGAACAACCGGUUCAGCAACAGGAUGACACCGCUACGGUGGCCUCGACAGCGGCAACGCCCGUGCCUUCAGAGGGCUCGGUGGAUACUGAGAAGGCUUCCAAAUCCGGCAGUCCAUCUGCUCCGGUAGGAGAAGCUUCUUCGCAGACUCCCGAGUUGCCAAACGGAAAGUCCACGCAAUCAAUCUCCUCCAGCUCGCCGUUCAGUAAAGUCUCAUCGCCAAUGCCAGCUUUCCAGCCCGACCGAGAGUUGCUCAAACUGGAACUUCUUGAACUAGAACGGGUCCCCCUGUCUGUCUCGACGAUAUUGCCAGCAAUUGACUGGACCCGUCUUACCACUCUUUCCAUUAUGCGCUGCCAGGACCAUGAGAAACUCUGGCGGGCCCUUCGUCGGAAGUACGCCCCUCCUGCAGUUCCGGCAAGGCGGGCCCAAGAUGGAGAACAUCGGCGACUGAGCAUCAGUUCUCUCGAUUAUUGUCUCCAAAUCAAACACCUGCGAACGGAUACCGUUUCGCCAUAUCUGAUGCUUUUUAUCAAAGAUGCACUGGCUCCGAAUACACUGGAAAGCGUAUUCUUGCAUGAGGCACCGCUCUACGAUUCGGCGGUCCAGGUCGAGGCCAUUUACCGACAUAUUCUUCGCAAGCACCGGCUGAGUCUGCGAAAGGUUCUCGUGGACGCGACCGAACGACUGGCCGGUGGGACUGAUAUGCACAGCACACGAUGGCACAAGUGGAUGUUUAAUCACGAGAUGGUCUCGUUUGUCACAAGUGGCCGAAUGCCGCAGCUGAAAGAACUCGGCAUGGCCAUGCACUAUCGGGAUUGGCACUAUUUCCUCCAACGACUACCCAACAUGCCCCAGCUCCGUGCUCUCUACCUCCCACAUAUCGGUCACACUAUGCAUCGUGAACUCAAGGAACUCGCGCUCCAGAUCCUUGACAUAGUCAGCAUCCGCCCAGAACUCAAGAUCUCCUACGUUGGUCUGCAAUCGAAGUGCUACCAGAUUCUCGAAGCAGGCCACGGCGAGGCGGACCUAGAUGUGGACGAGGCCCACUCAGGCGAGAACACCGGCGAUGGGCUUUCGAAUUUUGACGGCGACGGCGACGCAGACCACAUCGGGCCCAGCGACGAAGACGAAGAAAGCAUCCCCGGGUUCCCUUCCUCCGACACGGACCUCAUUUCAAGCGACAACUCCUGGUCUGACGAUGGCACAGAGCCUGAUGAGUAUGCUUCACGGGCUCGCUUUAGACUGCAAGAAAUCCUGUUCUACGACGAUAAGAUAUCAAUUUUCAAGGCGCGUCAUGGUGUGCUCUAA